GGUUACAUUGCAGCCCGUGCGCGCAGGGACAAUUGAGGGGUGAAGUAGUAACGCGGAAUGAAGGCUGAAUGAGAGGCUAGUGUAUGGCACUUGGGCAUUUAAAGAGAUUGGGAGGGUGCUUCCUCCUCUACUCUCGCAGUACAAGCGGCCUUUGGCGGUGGCACGCCGGGUUAUCGCACGGUAAUGCUGAAGUGUUCACGUUCAGAGUGUAACUGACCCACACCUACCAAGGCAAACCCAGGACGGGGUACAAGGGGACUAAAGAUGGAUGACAAGUCCAAAAUGCACAGGACCACCGUACUGGAAUUUGGAGGUCCUCUAGGUGCACUAUUACUCCCCAUGCUGCUGCCCUGCACCUUACUCUACCUGCUGCUCGCAUGUCGCACCCAGGAUGCAAGUGUCUUCAAAGUCCCCUCUGCCCUGCCGACUCCGAGUGAGCUCUGGGACCUCGACAUGUUCCUGUUGGUUCUAGGCUGGUUUAGCCUGCAGGCUGUCCUGUACAUGCUUCCUCUCGGUAAGGUUACCCAGGGAAUGCCGCUCCGAGAUGGCAGUAGGCUCUCCUACCGAAUUAAUGGGCUCCAGGCCUUUGCCAUCACCACCCUGCUGGCCGGCCUCGGCAUCUUCGUGGGGCUGCGGCUGAGCUCAGUCCAUGACCGGUGCGUGCAGCUGGCGGUCUCUGCCAUCGUGGCUUCUUUCGCGCUGAGCAUCUUCCUGUACGCCCGCUCGCUGUGCGUGCCGGAGUCUGCACUGGCGCCUGGUGGAAACUCAGGCAACCCGAUUUAUGACUUCUUUAUUGGCCAUGAGCUGAACCCUCGGAUCGGGAGCUUUGACCUCAAAUAUUUCUGUGAACUGCGACCGGGAUUGAUUGGCUGGCUGGUUAUCAACCUGGCGAUGCUGAUGAAGGAAUCCGAAUUGCGAGGGAGCCCGUCCCUUGCGAUGAUUCUCGUCAAUUCCUUCCAGCUCCUGUACGUGCUAGAUGCCCUCUGGCAUGAGGAAGCAGUCCUGACCACGAUGGACAUCGUGAACGAUGGCUUUGGCUUCAUGUUGGCCUUCGGAGACUUGGCCUGGGUACCUUUCACGUACAGUCUGCAGGCGUACUUUUUGGUCAGCCACCCCCAGGAGCUCACCACAACCACAGCGGCAGCCAUCAUCCUCCUCAACGCUCUUGGGUAUUUUAUAUUCCGCAGUGCAAACUCACAGAAGAACGCUUUCCGCAGGAACCCCAAUGAUCCUAAAGUGGCGGGGCUGGAGACGAUCCCCACGGCAACCGGGAGACAGCUUUUGGUCUCGGGCUGGUGGGGCCUGGUGCGACACCCGAACUAUCUCGGGGAUCUGAUCAUGGCUCUGGCCUGGUCCCUGCCCUGCGGUUUGGCACACGUUCUCCCAUAUUUCUACGUUAUCUAUUUCACCAUUUUGCUGAUCCACCGCGAGGCGAGAGACGAGCAUCAGUGUCGGAGGAAGUAUGGUUCAGCGUGGAGCGAAUACUGCAAGCGAGUCCCCUACCGAAUCUUCCCGUACGUGUACUGAAGGGGGGGGGUGCGGAGAGUGCGCGCCUGCCUCGCUUUUCCUCCGCUUGCCACCCCGUGAAUCCACUGACUCCUUUCCCUCCCCUCAAUAAGGCGAGUCCUUCAGGCCUCUGGGCCUGCUGGAUGUUCUGGACUGGACACUCUCGAUCCACUUGGCAAGUCCAAUAUGCCCCCCACCCCCCCCCACCGGUGCCCACUUACACCACUGGGAUCGUGACGAGCAGCUGGAACCUUGGCAAAGAUUGCUGCCCCCGUCUCCACUCUCGGACAGGUUGACGCUCAGGGCUGCAACUUGUCCAUAUUGGCUCUCCGCUGCAUCUGGUGGUCUAAGACACUGGGGUCAUUUUGAAACCCCUUUCUCGAGCAAGACGCCACAUGAGUAUGUGACACAGGUUUGGUGUUGACGGUGACAAAUUGGCUAAAGCCGAACUUAACAGGCGACCGCAAAGGCCUAGACGGUUUUCACUGUGUCGAUACAGAGCCUGAAGCUGAGCUGCAGAUCAUUUUAGACAAAGUUAGGCUGUUCAUUUCUUACAAGUUAAGCCAGUGAGUCAGCUGAGGGAGGUAACCAAACUCGUACGAGUCUUGCAAAAGCGAAAUCACAUUAGCCAAAGGCUUUACUUGAUCGGAACCUGCCUUGCCGUCUCGACUGAUAUACCCCAGCUGCCGGGAAUCCAAUGCUGUUCUAGAUUCUGUGCUCGCUGAUUGUUUUGAUAGGCCAAGCUCCUCCAAAACCUGGCUCUAUUGACUAGGUUUGUGGUCUAAAUUGGGAACGUCUGAGUUUUUUUUUGCCUUCACUGGUACGUAGUGGGAGGCCUCUUGGGCCAAGUUCAUGAACCUCAUUAAUCUCCAGUUGUUGGUACUAACAGAUCCUGGAGUUUUGAUGAUGAUUCUUUGUUCACGAGAUGUGGGCAUUGAUGGCAAAGUUACCUCUCGUUGAUUGCCCUUGAGAAGGUGCUGGUGAGUUGCCACCUAGAAUGCAUCUGAGUGGCUUCCUUGGUCAUUUUGGGGAUAGUUUAAGAGUCAACCAUAUUGCUGUGGAUUUUUAAAAAAAAAUUAUUUGUUCAUGAAUGCCCUUUAGGGAAGGAAAUCUUCCUACAUGUGAUUCAAGACCUUACAAAAGGCACUGCUGUAGCUCGCCAAGCUUCCUUUGACAGCACCUUCCAAACCUGCGACCUCCACUAUAGGCCUCACUGGCUAGACCUGCAUUUAUUGCCCAUCCCUAAUUGCCUUUGAGAAGGUGGUGGUGAGCUGCCGCCUUGAACUGCUGCAGUCACCAAGGCUCCUUAGACAACACCUUCCAAACCCACGAUCUCUACC